AUGUCGGCUCAACGUGUUCCUCUCGAGAGCCUUGUGCAGGCAUGGCUUGAAGCCGACAAGAAUCCGGAAACACGAGAGGAGAUCGAGAAGCUCUGGAAAGAUGGUCAGACGGCUGAGCUCGAGAAACGGUUGAGGACGCGUAUUGAGUUUGGUACCGCAGGCCUGCGUGGACGUAUGGAAGCCGGCUGGUCUCGCAUGAACGAUCUCAUCAUCAUUCAAUCGUCUCAGGGCCUCGUCAAGCAUCUCAAGGCGGCGUGUGGGGUUAUGAUUACGGCCAGCCAUAACCCGAAGGACGAUAACGGUUACAAGGUCUACUGGGAGAACGCCGUACAGAUUAUCGCGCCACACGACACGGGCAUCUCCGCCUCUAUUCAGUCCAAUCUUGCUGUGAAGCAGGAGAUAUGGAGUGCUGCCGACUCUGUGAAGCCAUACGAACAUACGGACGACUUGAUCACGGCGUACUUUGCCUACCUCCAGACGCUGAGCACUUCGCGCUCGACCAACUCUACUUGUGAUGUCAAGUUCGUGAAUACGUCUAUGCAUGGUGUCGGACACCCGUUCGUGAAGAGAGGGUUCGAGGUGUUUGGGUUCAAGCCUUUUGUUGCUGUUGAGAGGCAGAGGGACCCGGAUCCGGAGUUUACGACCGUUAAGUUCCCGAAUCCGGAAGAAAAAGGAGCACUGGAUCUGGCGCUGGAAACGGCUGAGAAGGAAGGCGCGACGUACGUUCUGGCGCAGGAUCCAGAUGCGGAUCGGUUCUCCGCUGCCCAAAGGAGAUCUGAUGGUACUUGGGUGACCUUCACCGGCGAUCAACUUGGUACAUUAUUCGGCGCAAGAGUCUUCGAGACGUACAAAGCGUCUGGUAAACCUCUUGACCGCCUUGCGAUGGUAGCUUCGACUGUGAGCUCAAAGAUGGUCGAAGCCAUCGCGGAGCACGAGGGUUUCAAAUUCGUCGAAUGUCUUACUGGCUUCAAGUUCAUCGGCAAUACCGCGCUUGAUCUUACAAGGGAUGGUUAUACCGUGCCAUUUGGGUAUGAAGAGGCGAUCGGUUUCAUGGUCAGCGAAGAGAUCCGGGAUAAGGACGGUGUCUCUGCUACGCUUUACUUCGCAGAGCUUGUUGCGGAUCUACAUAAGCGGGGUAGCGAUGCGUACUCGUACUUGCAAGAGUUAUAUGAGAAGUAUGGGUUCUUCCAGACGAGCAAUAGCUACUUCAUAUGCAGCGAACCCGCGACUAUUGACCGGAUCUUCACACGACUAAGGGACUACGACGGCCAGGCGACCAAGGAGCGCCCGAGCUAUCCCAAGUCCAUCGGCGGCUUGACCGUGACUUCGAUCCGCGACCUCACUGUCGGCUACGAUAGCUCCAAUCCUCCAUCUUACAAACCUACGCUCCCGCUUUCAUCUGGACAUAUGGUCCAGUUCCGCGCCGCGAGUGAUAACGCGAAGAUUACGCUGACCAUUCGGACGAGUGGCACCGAACCGAAGAUCAAAUACUACCUCGAAGGCAGCAGCAAGGAAGCGGCUUCGGUUGCUCCCGUUUUGGUAGGCGUAGUGCGAGAACUGGCAGACGAAUGGAUGCAAGCGGGUCCGAACGCUUUAGGGCGCCCUUAA